CCCCCGUACGUGAUCAACCUGGACCCGGCCGUGCGCGACCUGCCCUUCCCCGCCAACAUCGAUAUCAGGGACACCGUGAAGUACAAAGAAGUAAUGAAGCAAUAUGGGCUGGGCCCGAAUGGUGGAAUAGUGACCUCUCUCAAUCUCUUUGCUACGAGAUUUGAUCAGGUGAUGAAGUUUAUUGAAAAAAGACAAAAUGCAUCCAAGUAUGUUAUUAUUGACACACCAGGGCAAAUUGAGGUGUUCACCUGGUCAGCAUCAGGAGCCAUCAUAACCGAGGCCUUGGCUUCCUCGUUUCCUUCAGUUGUUGUCUAUGUGAUGGAUACCUCUCGCAGCACUAACCCCAUCACCUUUAUGUCCAACAUGCUGUAUGCCUGCAGUAUCCUGUACAAGACGAAGCUGCCUUUCAUUGUUGUCAUGAACAAAACUGACAUCAUUGACCACAGUUUUGCUGUAGAAUGGAUGCAGGACUUUGAGACUUUUCAGGAUGCCCUGAAUCAAGAGACAUCCUAUAUCAGUAACUUGACUCGUUCUAUGAGUUUAGUGCUGGAUGAAUUUUACAGUUCACUGAAG